CUUACCCGCCCUACAGUUUCGUUUUUUCUGAGCGCGUCCUGUGUCGUCCGGGCCAUGCCUGAGCCAGCCAAGUCCGCUCCGGCCCCGAAGAAGGGCUCGAAGAAGGCGGUGACCAAAGCGCAGAAGAAGGACGGCAAGAAGCGCAAGCGCAGCCGCAAGGAGAGCUACUCGGUGUACGUGUACAAGGUGCUGAAGCAGGUGCACCCCGACACGGGCAUCUCGUCCAAGGCCAUGGGCAUCAUGAACUCGUUCGUCAACGACAUCUUCGAGCGCAUCGCGGGCGAGGCGUCGCGCCUGGCGCAUUACAACAAGCGCUCGACCAUCACGUCCCGGGAGAUCCAGACGGCCGUGCGCCUGCUGCUGCCCGGGGAGCUGGCCAAGCACGCCGUGUCCGAGGGCACCAAGGCCGUCACCAAGUACACCAGCUCCAAGUAGACUUGCCAAGUAAGCGUGCUGUUAACCAAUCCCAAAGGCUCUUUUCAGAGCCACUUAAACUUGCUAAGGAAGAGCUGGUGCGCUGUCGUUAUUAGGGAAACGGGUGUUGUUCUGGGUAGGUGACAGCGUCCCGGAUCACGUUUUCCAGGGACACCUUAAGCACCCUUCGGGUCUUCUCGUCCAGGAGGCUGGAGGUGGGUUUGACGCUGCCAUGUUGACUGGGUGACGGGCUUGGUGGUGCCCUGGACGUGACUGCAGCGUUGUGGUGGCGCUUAGCACCACCCUUCCCCGUGCGUUCCUGCGCUUGCCAUGUCUACACCUGAUAAUGGCCGUAUAAGCGGAAACCCCAAGGACAAAAGUCACAACCUGAAGCACUGAAGGGAAAGGAGAGUGGAGUGAGGCCAGCCUUUUGCUUGAAUUCUGCGGACCAAGUGGAAACUAGAGGAACACGGGCGGGAAAGCCUCACAAUUCAUCCCACUAACUCGUUCCAAAGGUGGAGGAGGGGGAGGUGGGUGCUAAAGCUUACGUUGAGUCUCCGAGGUGGUCUUGGGCGGAGGUAAGGCAGUCUUCGUGGUGCCCUCGCAGGGACUAAAGAGCCCUAAGGGCUCGGCUUUAGAUAUUUAAAGCAAGAAAAGGAGAUUAGUCAGUGAAUGUGGGCCUCCACGUGCUAUUCGCCAUUCUGCACAUGUGGGCACAAGGUGCAGCGAAGUUCUUGGGCUCCCUGGAUAGGAGCGGAAACUCCGGGCUCUCGCUCCAGCUCCACCCCUUGCACGGCUCUGAGUACUGAUCUGCACGAUGGACACACCGCCAGCAGGUGCACGGCAUCCAAUAUGGCAGGUACAGUGCUCAGUGCAUGUUAACUCCUCAGAACAGCUCUGUGAAGUGGGCA